CGGCCACUUCACAAGGCAGAAAUUGUUACCUGGGCAAUAAAAGACACCGCGGCGGCGGGGGCCCGGGAGUGGGCACAUGGGGGUGCGGGUGUGCAGGUGCCAAGCACCAUGGGUUAGGCCCGAGAUCGGAGUCCGGCCGCCCCCCGACAGCAGCCGCCUCCUGCUCCCCACGCGCCCCAGGCGCCACAAUGUCGGGCGACAAACUUCUGAGCGAACUCGGCUAUAAGCUGGGCCGCACAAUAGGCGAGGGCAGUUACUCCAAGGUGAAGGUGGCCACGUCCAAAAAGUACAAGGGCACGGUGGCCAUCAAAGUGGUGGACCGGCGGCGCGCGCCGCCCGACUUCGUCAACAAGUUCCUGCCACGGGAGCUGUCCAUUCUUCGAGGCGUGCGACACCCGCACAUCGUGCACGUCUUCGAGUUCAUUGAGGUGUGCAAUGGGAAGCUGUACAUCGUGAUGGAGGCUGCCGCCACCGACCUACUACAGGCCGUGCAGCGAAACGGGCGUAUCCCAGGGGGGCAAGCGCGCGACCUCUUCGCGCAGAUCGCUGGCGCUGUGCGCUACCUGCACGACCAUCACCUAGUGCACCGCGACCUCAAGUGCGAAAACGUGCUGCUGAGCCCUGAUGAGCGUCGCGUCAAGCUCACUGACUUUGGCUUUGGCCGUCAGGCGCAUGGCUACCCGGAUCUGAGCACCACCUAUUGUGGCUCGGCCGCCUAUGCGUCGCCCGAGGUACUCCUGGGCAUUCCCUACGACCCCAAGAAGUACGACGUGUGGAGCCUUGGCGUCGUGCUCUACGUCAUGGUCACCGGGUGUAUGCCCUUCGACGACUCAGACAUCGCAGGCCUGCCCCGGCGCCAGAAGCGCGGCGUUCUCUACCCCGACGGCCUCGAGCUGUCCGAGCGCUGCAAGGCCCUGAUCGCCGAGUUGCUGCAGUUCAGUCCGUCGGCCAGGCCCUCCGCGGGCCAAGUAGCGCGCAACGGCUGGCUACGUGCGGGGGACUCCGGCUAAAAGCCGGGGUUCCCACUAUUCCCGCCGCCACGAGCACUGCGCAAGCGCAGCGCACGCGCGAGCAGCGCGUUUCUGGAGUGCCGCGAAGCCGCCGCGCACCGCUGCUCACGCGCCCUUCCCCCUUCCCCACUCCCAAGACGCCAGGCGCAGCAGUCGCGUGGCUUUGGAAUCUAGCUCCUCCUCCAAGAUCCCGAGAGCAGGAGGGCGCAUGCGCUUCCUCGAUUCCCCCGCGAGAAGACCCCGGGAGGGGGCGGGACGAGAGAAGAUGGAAGUAUUGCGCCUGCGCGGAAUGAGCGGCGGCUACGCGGCGGGCAGUGGCUCCACUGAGAAGCUGCUAGCGAGCGGACGCGGGCAAGGGGCGUCUUUCCCCGGCCAGCUGCGCAUGCCGGUGAGGGAAGGUGUGCUCGGGACGCUGCUCCCCUUGGAACCUGCAAUAAACGCGCUCUUUCUCGCACCUGGUUCUAGCGAUGGCCCCCUUUAACGAAGUGCGGGGGCGGGGGACAUCGCUUCCGGGGUAGGGGCAGGAGCCCCAUUUUAGAGAAAGGCUUGUGGAGGUUCUUGUUCCAGCUGUGAAAAGGGAGUUGGGAGGUUUCGAACCCGAACCUUGCAGGCUCCCCACCCUGGCGGGCUUUGGAGUCGUCCCUGGGCCUUGUGAUGGUCCUGGGAAUGUGGGUGCUGGACUAAGGGAGAGAAGACCCCAGCACCCUUCUAGUGUUUAAGGGUGGACCGAUGAGGGGCGGAGACCGUCUGCCUCGACAGAAACUGAGCUUUUGCAAGAGAGGAAAUUGAGGCCCUCAUAGGUAUCACUUGCUCAAGAACAGCUGGGAUUUGCACCCAGAGAUGUCUGAAGUGAGUUGGGGAGGUGGUGGAAGCUCUCCUUAGUGAGGGUCCCUUCUUUGGUGAGGGUAAGUAUCUGGUGGGGAGAAUCGAGGGUGGGGCAUGAAUAUGCCGGGUUCAUUGUGUACUCUGUUUAUUAAUGCAUUUUUUGAGUGCCUUCUGUGUGCCAGGCUCUGGGACUCAGCAGAAUGGCUUGAAUCCAUCCCUGCUUUCAGUGAGGAAGCAAGUCAAAAGUAAAGAAUAGUGUAGAAAUAAAAUAAUUGUAAGUUGUGCUAAAUGCCAGGUGGGGGUGACCAAGGGGUGGACUGAAGCAACAUUUGAGCUGAGCCCAGAAGGAAUCAAACACUUGCAAACUGCAGAAAACAAGUGUUCCAAGUGUUCCCAAGGCAGAAUGGAGCUGGUGUGUUUGAGGAACGCCAGGAAGCUCUGAUGGCUGGAAUGGAGAGGGAAAGGAGGUGCAAAGGGAAAGGUGUGUGUCUGGUGCCUGGAAAGGGACCCCACAGGGUCUGGGGGAGAUUGGGGGGUUAUUGCCUGUGAUAAGGUUACUGGGUUUGGUGACAAUGGUUGUCAUUUGGGGUGUAUGGGAAAUGCCACCAUAAGCGCUUAUCCUACCUGCCUCCACUUGAGCCCCACAGUCCCUGAAGAGGGUGGUGGGCAGCUUAUGGGUCUGACCAUGCCCCACCUCUGCUCACUCACCCUCCAUGGCUCUCAGGUGCCAACUCUCCCCUCGCUCCCUUCAAAAAGGCUGU